AUGAAACACCCAGUAGAGACCGACUCUGAGAAAGAUGAAGAAGAAGAGCAAGAACAAAGGAAUGUUAUAAAUAGGUACUCAAAAACGAAAAAAACUGCAGUAAUCAAAAAGAAAGAAACUGUUAGCAAACGUAAAGAGGAAAUAAUCAAAAAGAUAAAAACUGAAAAUAACUUGGUUAUUGAUAUUAAUAAAAGCCUAAAACAUAAAGAAAUUUCUGAAAUAGCGAAGACAAUUAGUACCACCCGGCAAGUUCAGAAAGUUGAAGAGAGGAGAAAUAAACUUCUUAGAUUUGUUCAAGACGAACUGCUUCACGCGACUUCUCUUGAAGAAAUAAAAGCUGCAGAACAAGUUUUUGCCCCUCUAAAACCCACCCUUGCUGCUGUUAGAACUAAGCAGACUAAUUUCCGCCCUCUUCUUCCAAUAUGCCACACAAAAAAAAUAUUAAUCCCCAAAUGCGUCAAUUUUUACCCAAAGGAAAAAGAAAAAAUAAGAAAAACCUCAAAAAGCCUUCAGCUGAGGAGGCAGACCUUUUAG